CUGCCACCAGCACCACCACUACAACCAAGACCUCCAGUCAUGUGACGCGCUGCAGCGACAGCCAGAGGAACUACUGCGUGAACGGAGGAGAGUGCUUCACCCUGGAAAUCACCCCCGGCAGCACAAAGUUUCUCUGCAGGUGCUUGGCGGGAUUCACUGGGCACCGAUGUGAACAAGCUGUGCUUAAGACGGUCUCAGACCCAAAACAAGCUGAGGAGCUGUAUCAGAAACGUAUUUUAACAAUAUCAGGAAUCUGCAUUGCACUCCUAGUCGUUGGAAUCAUGUGUGUGGUUGCCUACUGCAAAACAAAGAAGCAGAGGAAGAAGCUCCACGACCGUCUGAGGCAGAGUCUGAGGAAUCAGAGGAACAACAACACCAACGCUGGAAUUGGUCCCAACUCUGCGACCUCAGCCCGAGCACGUCGGAUUUCUAACUUGCCUCUUCAAGAUUUGCAGCUCACCAACAAAUGUAAUGGGACGACCACGCAGCAUGCAGCCGAGAAGGAGUCCGAGACGACCUUCUCCCCGAGCAAACAUGAAGCCACAACACUCACGCACAUCUCCAGCCAAAGGUUUGUGUCUCUGGUGACCUCUCCUGUGACCCCGGGGUCUCCUCCAUCAGAGAUGUCAGCCCCCCUUUCCAGCCUGGCCAUCUCCGUCCCCUCCGUGGCCCUGAGCCCCUCUGGUGAGGAGGAGCGCCCCCUGCUGAUGUCACGUCAGACACACAAGUCCUCGAGCCGGGACGACCAGAAGAGGACGUCUGCUCACUACAACCACGGUCACAUGGCUCACAGUUUACCGCCCAGCCCGCUGUUCAACCUGGAGGACGUUCACUACGACACCACAGACCAGACGUUCUCAGCCUCACCUGAGAUCCUUCACACAAACAACAAUGUCAGUGACUGCAACAGCAAAAAAGGAGGAGUCAUCAAUGGUCACGUGCUGCGUGACGUGGAGUCCAGCGGUGGCCGCAUGUUAGCUGAGGAGCCUCAGGGGGAACACACGCCCUUCCUCACCACAGAGAGAGCUACGGCCCUGCAGCUCCGAGCUGUCGACAGCAGCAGGACUAACUCGGCAUCGUGUCACGACCACGAGCAACUCAAGUCAAACCAAUCAGAUCCAGUCGCUGUGUGAAGAUCAAAUGCUGCAAAUCUUUCGUGUGAAGCAAAAGAAGAAACGAUUACGAUUAAACCUUUAUUUUCUAUAAAUUAUUUGCUGUGUAAAGACUUUAAAGAUAAAUGAGAAAUGAAACUUUUAUUUUAGAGAAGUAGCGAAUAAAGAGUUUUAUAAAUGAAAUGUACAAAGGUGUUGAUGUCUUGUAGGUAAAGUGCCAUACACGAGUAUGUAGCGACGGUUCACAGUAUAUUUCAGUGCAGAAAAAUAUCAACGGUGCCUUUCUGUUUGAAACGCUUUAGGGAACUGCAUCAGUGCAAACUGGGCCAUAUACUCAACGUCUUAAUCUUCCAGUUAACAUGUAAAAAUGAAGAUGAGAAACUCGCUGGCUGCCUUUAACGUCCUGCAGGUCGAAGUGCCCUGAUUUGAAUCCCGUGCUUUCGAGGUGCAUGCUACUGUUCGUUGUGAGGUGAUGAGCGUGCAGGUGGCGUCCUCCGCAGCCGCCAGUCACCUGAUGACAUUUCACUGAAACUCUGGACUUCCACGCCUGGACUCAUGUUGAUGAGUAAAUGAUGAGUGAGAGAAUGUUUUUAUUCAUCACUGGACUUUCAGACAGACACGUCUCGCUGGUGGAGGAAAGUUUGGCUCUAAUGUUUCUAAUGUUUCCACUGAUGAGCAGAACACAACCCCAGAGAGUAUUCAUCAAAAAAAGAUUUCUGGUUUUUCGCCUUUUCCCAUAAUGCUUUACUUCAUCACUAUCUGUGCAUUCACGCGCUCCUCAGAAGGCCCCAGGUCUCCUGUUGGAGUCCUUCUGAGCUUAGAUGUUGGAGUGUGAAAAAACCCAUAGAUGCUGUAAAAAAAAAGGUUGUUUUUAAGUUUAAACAACUCGUCUUUACAAUAUUUGCAUGAAAACAAAAGAAUCAGGUUUUGACCGACAGAGAAAUCAUUUCAAAUCAUUUCAAACGUGCACGUUAAUCAUGAAAUCAUCUGCAUUGGAUCAGAACUCUCGGACGUGCAAGUGACUCAAGUGACAUUUGACAAGUUCUAAUUGAAAGCUACUUUUUAAAGCUGAUUGUAAAAUGAUGUCGAUUGGUUUAUAAGUGAUGACGUGUUCCGACCUGAGGCGGCUUCAUGGGAACUCAUUAUUCGGAUUAUUCCAUUCGCAUGAACGCACUAUACGACGCAGAUGAUGUCAUAAAACGUCAUAAAGAAGUCGACCAGCAUUUGUGUUUCAGACAGAAACUCUCUCGUUACUCUUCACGUGUCACCGAUCACAUCUUUAAAUCAUGAACAUUCUGACUGGUGCAUUCUGGGGCUUAAGGAAAAGGCUUCAUAUUUACACGAUGCUUUACUUUGUGCAGUCGUGGAUCUUAAGUUCCCAGAAACUGCUUGUGUGCGUUCAUUUCUCCGUGCGCUCUCAUUUUGUGUGUACGUUUUCACUGUCUUUAAAAUCUGCCAAAGUCUGUCACCACUUCACGAAGCGUGAAAUAACCACGGCCGCGCUCUGUAACCAACCAUAGUUUCUUAAAGUGUCAGUAAAGUAGAAUCCGCAGUGACCACGUAGACGUGCUGCCCCAUAAAUAAGAGAAUUAUUAACAGCAGCCGUACUUCUGUAUUUUACAUUAACACUCAAUUGAUUUCAUAUUUAUUUGGUAAUUCAUGCUAAUUACCAGCAUUGAUUACUGUUGCAGUAUGUGGUACAUAACCUUCUGUUUUAGAAAACAAGAUUUAAAAGUGUAAGCUACGUGUAUUUAUCUGUUCACAUGGUCAUUAGAGAUGAGUAGAAGAUUUAAAGUGUCAUAUUUUGUCACUUGUGUGUAACAUGACCCACAAUGCUUUGCUUUUAGAUGUAGGAGUGUGUUGAGAUGAUGUAAAUACACCAUGAAAACCUUCAGCGCUGUGGUUUCUUAUUAAAUAUUCAAUCAGC